AUGAAGAGAGGCAAGAAGACGGAGGAGGAGGCGGUGGCGGCGGAGGAGGGCGAGAACGAGACGGGGGCAGCCUCUGUUAAGAAAGCCAAGAAGGCCAAGGAGCCCGAGGCGCCCGUGCUGUACGAGGACCCUCCUGACAAGCUGACCAGUCAGGACGGCCGCAGCGCCAACACGAAGAUCACCUCCUGGAACGUGGACGGGCUGAGGGCCUGGGUCAAGAAGAAGGGCCUGGACUGGGUCCGCGAGGAGGCCCCAGACGUUUUGUGCCUUCAGGAGACCAAGUGCGCCGACAAAGACCUCCCCGCCGACAUCACCUCCAUGCCCGAGUACCCCCACAAGUACUGGGCCGCGUCGCAGGGGAAGGAGGGCUACAGCGGC